AUGACAUUUCUCAAGAAAGGUACGGUGAAUGUACCUGAGAAUCCUAAUCAUUCCAAAUCACAUUCUGCAUCCUCAGUGAAGUCUGCUGGUCAAACUUUAAAAAAUCACAACAGAAUUAGUAACGAUUACGCUAAAAAUAGACAUUCCACAAACGAUCUCAGAAAUUCAAUUGCUUCUAAUGGUUCUAAACUCAGUUACGAUCCUCAAUACCAUUCAUCAGAAAAGACACCGUUAGGAUCAUUAUCAGAUCAAUUGGAGGUCCAUACAUUGACUGACAGUUACUCAGCUGAAAAUGCUACCAAUAGCCCUUCUAUGACAGCUUCAUCGUCGUCAACAUUACAUACAAGCUCUACAAAACCUUCUCAAAGGAAUUCCAAUGCAUACGGAGGAGAUUUUUCUGCACAAUCCUCAUCAAGGAAAUCAUCAGGGAAUAGCAUCAACAGUCUUUCAUUCGACAAAUUAAUUUUAUCAUGGAAUCCUACAGACCCUGACGAAUGGAAUAUACAACGUAUAGUCUCAUGGUUAAAAUUCCAUGAAUUUCCUGACACAUGGAUUUCAACCUUUAAGAAACAUAGACUCGUAGGUCAAAACUUUAUUAAACUACUUGCUUAUGAAAAUUUUGCAGUGUACGAGAAAUACUUACCUCAAUCUAAGAAUGCAUCAUAUAAGAAAUUUCAAACGCUAUUAAAACAAACUAUGACAAAGAAUGUAACAAACAGUAAUCAUAAUCAUGGCCAUAACAGAGUGAGGUCAUCCGACAAACUGAAAUCAUCACGAAGUUCAAGCGAAUCAAUCAAGAAUAAAGCAAAGGAGGAGAUUGGAAAUUCUUCUCGAUCUGCAUCUGAGUCUAUGAUAUCACCGCAGAAGACUGGUCCUUCAAAGACAGAAGACAAAUCCAAGCAUCCUCAAUUGAGAACCCACCAGAAAACUAAAAGUGCUAGUGUUCUCUACAGAAAAAGUUUUAUAUCAUUACGUGGAUCAUUAACACCAUCAACACCUGUGUCAAAUAAUAACCACCAACAAGGGACUAACCAAUCAACUAAUCCAACUUCAAAUAUUAAGUUAAAGAUCCCAUCGAGACCAUCUUCCAUUAUUGAAUCAACUGCAUCUUCAAGUAAAUCAAAUACUCCACCGUUAUCUCCGUCAUCAUAUCCAAAUAUAUUUAGGAGAAACCAUAAAAGUAGUUCGUCUGAAUCAUCUUUGUUGAAUGCAAUAUUUGGUACUUCACAUAACAAUUCAUCAAAUUCUAAUCUAUCUGUCACCAAUAAAAAUGGUAGUGGAUUGUCUCCAAAUACAAAUAAAGUACACAAUACUAUGACAAAACCUCGGUCUAUCGAAAGUCCAUCAGAUAAUUCAAAGAGGAAAUCGUUUGAUUCAGCAAGCAAACUAAAGACAACUCAUGAGUCAUCAUCUUUGUCCCCCACCAAAUCCAACGGACAAGAAGAAAAAUCGAAUCUUUGGGGAAAACUGAAGAGAAGGAGUCAAUUUUCUAGCCCUUACUCCUCUUCGACUUUACCAACCCCUGUGGCACCAUCGAGAAGCUCAAGUGUGAUUACUUUAACACCAGGGAAGUUAAAUGAUGAUAUACAAUCCCCAAGCGUCUCCACUACAUCUUCAAAGCCUCUUAAAAAGCAAUCUCCAAAAAGUGAUUCUUUGAAUAAUGCUCCAAUUGUUAGUUUACCAAAAGACAAAGAAAAACAACCUCUUUCUAAGGAAUCUGUUCUUGAUAUAGAUUUAAAAUACUUUCCAGGCAAUAAGUCAACAAAUGAAGAACACGAAACCUACGUUCUUAUUACUAAAGACAACAAAAGUUAUAUUCCAUUCCCAACGAAUCAAUUCAAUUCUCCAGAGGAUUUCAAAGAUAUUAUUUGUACAAAACUUAACAUUGGUAUCAAACAAAUGUGCGUUCAUAUGACAAACUUUAAAGGGGAUAUCGGAUCGCCACUUACUGACGAUAUUAUCAACAUGUUAGUUAACAACUCCUUCAAGGGUAGCACUUUACAAUUUUAUAUAAAGGACCAUAGCAAAAUUCAAAAUCGACUAAGAACAGGUACAUUAUCAAGCGAUAUCCACCAUACUUUGCGCUCCGUGAAGAGUAAGGGUUCGGUAAGAUCUGUUACAAGUAGUAUACAUGGUACUACUGAUGAUGUCUCUAUUGUUACUUCAUCAUCUGAUAUCACUUCAUCUGAAGAUCACUCACCUAGUAACAAUUUUCGUAGAUACCCACAAACUCCAAGUUAUUAUUAUGAUAAUGCUGUAUUGAAUAAUAGCGGAUCUGAAGAAACGAACUAUUGGAAUGUUAAAGAGCAAGUUCCGGACGAAUUUACGGUGCCAACCAUGACAUCUAAGCCAGCACAAAAAUUCAACUUACAUCUACCAGACAAAAUAAGAAAAGGUACUUUACAAUUAGACUCUGAUAAUAAGAGUAGUUUUAAUGUUCUACGGAAAGAUGAUACUGGCGAAAUUGAUUUUAAUAAGAGGAGGGAAUCACCUUACCUAGAUGCUGAAUUAGCACCUAAGAGGAAUGCUCCAAAACCUCCAAGUAAUGUUUCUCCACCAAGGAAUACUUCACUCUCGAGUCAUACAAAUUUGAAACCAAAUAUUAGAAGAACAAGUACUAAGCGCAAAAUGAAAAAUAUGACAAGACCUAUCCCUAGUGGCGCAACUAAGGUACCUGUAGAAACUACAAGCCCUACAUCUGAUACAAUCAUGUCAUCUUACACUCCUGCAUCAACCCAAGUAUUGGUACCCCAGCCUUAUAAAGGUGCUAAUGAUAUUACCAGAAAAAAGAAGUCAGAAGAUGAAUAUACUAAUCCAACUUUAUCUUACAUUAACAAGCAAAAUCUUAAUAGGUCUAAUUCUGUGGCUUCGACCUCAAAUUCUAUAUUCAGUUCACCAUCCCCUGGUUUAUUAAAGAGGGGGAGUUCAAGAAGAAUCAUAUCAUCUGCUAGUGCUGCUGAUGUGUUUGUUGAAAAUGAUAUAACUUUUGCAGAUGCACCUCCGCUAUCUGAAACAGAGUCCAGUAAGGACGAUAAUAGUUAUGACAGUGAUUCAUCUGAUGAUAUUAUAUGGUCUAAUGCUUCAGAUAAGAGAAAUGGUCCAUCCACUGAAGAAGGCCAAAAAGAGAUUGACACUGAUUCUGAUAUAGUGUUAGUGACCCCUACUACAGGUAAGGAUGGACUGGUUCGUAAGAUGACAUUAAGACCUUCACCAGAAGUGGUUUACCAAAAUUUGGAGAAAUUCUUUCCAAGCGCUAAUUUGGAUAAACCGGUUGUUGAAGGUGGAUUAACACCAACAUCUCCGAUUUCUAUGAGACAGUCUUUCCAGUCUUCCCAGUCUUCCCAAGUCUCUAAUCUUUCACAAAAUAAUCCAUUUGCGCCACCUGAAUCUGACUCGCAGAUUGAAUCACUUCCAUCUAACAACAUGAACCGUCUAAAGACACCUAGAAGGACUAAAACAAUCAGAACUAUCGCACACGAAGCUAGUGAGAAGAGAAAACAAUCGAUGAAGAUAAAGAGACAAAAUACUAAAAUGUGGGGUACCAAGGUUAUUGAAAUUACAGAUAAGCAAGCUGUUGCUAUCAAUAAAGCAAAAAACUCAAAAGGUGAAUAUAAAGAAUUUGCGUGGAUCAAGGGGGAAAAGAUAGGUAAAGGCUCCUUUGGUGCUGUUUAUCUAUCGUUAAAUGCAACAACUGGUGAAAUGAUGGCUGUCAAACAAGUUGAAGUACCAAAAUAUAGUUCACAAGAUGAAAAUAUUAUGAACAUGGUUGAGGCCUUAGAAUUUGAGGUCUCAACAUUAAAAGAUCUGGAUCACCCGAAUAUAGUCCAGUAUCUUGGCUUUGAGGUCAAAGACAAUAUUUAUAGUCUGUUCCUUGAAUAUGUGGCAGGAGGCUCUGUUGGUUCUCUUAUCAGAAUGUAUGGUAGGUUUGAUGAACCUUUAAUUCAGUACCUUACUUAUCAAGUCCUAGAAGGUCUAGCCUAUCUUCACUCGCGCGGUAUUUUGCAUAGAGAUAUGAAAGCAGAUAAUGUAUUACUAGACCAAGAUGGUAUUUGUAAAAUUAGUGAUUUUGGUAUUUCUAAGAAAUCUAAGGAUAUAUAUUCCAACGCGGAUAUGACUAUGAGAGGUACUGUCUUUUGGAUGGCUCCCGAGAUGGUGGAUACCAAACAAGGAUAUAGUGCUAAGGUAGACAUUUGGGCCCUUGGUUGUGUUGUUUUAGAAAUGUUUGCAGGAAAGAGACCAUGGUCUAAUCUGGAAGUUGUAGCUGCAAUGUUUAAGAUUGGGAAAUCCAAAUCUGCACCACCUAUUCCUGAUGAUACAUUGCCAUUGAUAUCUACUGCAGGAAGACAAUUCUUAGAUGCUUGCUUUGAGAUUGAUCCAGAGAAGAGACCAACAGCUGAUGAAUUGCUAAGCCAUCUAUUUUUAAAGGAAAGUAACAAAUACAUUUUUGAUUCGACAGCACUUUAUAACUUUAUCAAAUCGAAUGAUAAAAUCAAUUCCACUAAAUUAAGAAUUUCAUCUCGCGAAGGAACAAAAGUCAACAAUAUGUGA